UGUUGAGCAGGCAGGAGCGUCCCAAGUUAGGCUUACCGCUGAGUGAUGGCUUGUGCGACAUUAAAGCGCACACAUGACUGGGACCCGCUGCACAGUCCGAGUGGCCGAUCACCGAAGCGACGCCGAUGUAUGCCUCUGUCCCCACCUCCAACAAGGGCGCACCAGAUCGAUCCCUCGCCCUUCGGAGACGUGCCACCAAAGUUGACUUCAGAGGAGAUAGCAGCCAACAUCCGCGAGGAGAUGCGACGGCUACAACGGCGCAAGCAGCUCUGUUUCCAGGGCACCGACCCUGAAUGCCAGCCGACCAGUGGCCUCUCGUCACCGGUGCGUCGAGACCAGCCCCUGUUCACGUUCCGCCAGGUUGGGCUCAUUUGCGAACGGAUGAUGAAGGAGCGAGAGAGCAAGAUACGGGAGGAGUACGACCACGUGCUAUCCACCAAGCUUGCAGAACAGUACGACACGUUUGUUAAGUUUACCUACGACCAAAUUCAGAAGCGGUUUGAGGGUGCUACGCCCAGCUAUUUGUCGUAACAUGCACGGUAGAAGAAGUGAAGUGGUUUGUGCACAGGACUCCUCCUCUGCAGGCAACGUGAUCCAGCUGAGCAUGCCGGCCCUGAUUUGGCAGUUCUCUUGUGACUUGCACGCAAACUGCUGGUGCAUUCAUUCCUCAACAGAAAAGCCUCAUCUACAAGCCCUUCUGUGUUGGCAGUGUGUGUGUGCUAUUGCCACCUGUGAUGACGUGCAAGCGGUUUGUGGAUGCAAAAGACUGCUUUUGUAUGCCAAGGAGUGAAGUUUAGUCACGUUUUCUAUGGUACAAGCGUGGUGCAUUACGAUUGCUUACUUUUUUCUGAAUGAACGCUUAUGUUAUUG